AUGGUCGUUCCUCCGAACAUGGGGCCAGCGCCGCCGCCGCCCGCAAUGCCCGCUGCUCGUCCGUCACCCUCCGCCGUGGUAGCAGGCCCUUCGACCAUUGCAGGUGCCGCUGCAAAGAUGCCGAUGAAGGGUCUGACACCGGCAGUGCCAGGAACGCUGCAUGGUCCGCCUUCCGGCAACAACCAUGCCAUACCGCUCAGUGCACGCCGAGCCGAGCCGCUUGAUAUGUCGACCGUCGAGCGUCGGGGACAGCCUGGUAUGCGACAGGAUAGACCACGAAAGAAUCGCCCGUUCGAUCUUCCCGAGGCACCCAUCUACCGUCCUUCCGAGGAGGAGUUCCGCGAUCCCAUGGAGUAUAUGCGCAAGAUAGCGCCAGAGGGCAGCAAGUACGGCAUUGUGAAGAUCAUUCCGCCCGAGACCUGGAAUCCUCCGUUCGCGAUCAAUACAGAGCGUUUUCAUUUCAGGACUCGACGACAAGAGCUGAACUCGGUCGAAGGAGGCAACCGGGUCAAUAACGAUUACCUAGAUCAGCUUGCAAAGUUCCACAAGCAGCACGGCCACAAUCUCAACCGCUUUCCGAGCGUAGACAAACGACCAUUGGACCUCUAUCGACUCAAAAAGACCGUGGAGCGCAAGGGUGGUUUCGAUCAUGUGUGCAAGGCUAAGAGAUGGGCGGAAGUUGGACGCGAUCUUGGGUACAGCGGCAAGAUCAUGUCAUCACUGUCAACGUCGUUGAAGAAUUCCUACCAGAAGUGGCUUCUGCCGUAUGAGGAAUACUUGAGGGUCGCAAAGCCCGGCGUACAGCACCAGAUGGAAAUGCUCAACGGCGGUCCAUACACACCCUCGCCUGGUCCGUCUCCCAUCAAGAAGCCUCCAGGAUCAACGCCUCAAGAGCAUGCACCCACUUUGCAAGCUUCCGCGGCUCUUAACGCCUCCCUGAAUGGUGGCUAUGGCCAGAGUCCGCUACAUAUCCAGCCGCCGCUACCGCCACAGCAUGUAACUCCACAACCUGCGCCGUACGUUCCACAGCCUCCAACCACCGGUGGCUUUACUCCUGUCAACGCUGGCGGCAACGCGUACAUGCCGAUGAAUGCGCCGACCCCACCACAACCUUCUUUCGUGCCCGUUAAUGGACCAAAUGGCUAUCAUCACCCCAACCACUCGACGCCCCAGCAGCCGCAUGCUUCCAUCGAGACACCGCCUCCAUCAACUGGCCCACAGUACAUCGCGCCGCAUCCCAGCGGUGUGGCUGCGCUCAAGCGACAACACUCGGAGCUAACUCCUGAUGAAGUCGACCUCAUGAGCCGGCGUAGUAAGAGACUGCGCAAAGAUGUUCCGACUGUCGCCGGCAGCAAUAUGCACCACUCGCGGAUGUCAUCURCUCGUCUGCAAGCAGUUCGGGACAGAGUUGACUUCAAGCCCGGUGAGAUGUGUGAAACUUGCGGCAAGUCCGAAGAGCCCCACAAGCAGCUGAGAUGUGAGAGCUGCGAUUGUGUUUACCACAUGGCUUGCCUUGAUCCUCCCCGGCAAAUGGCGCCCGAGCACGAAUGGCACUGCCCUCGGUGUCUGGUCGGUACCAAUGAAUAUGGAUUCGAAGAAGGCGAUGUCUAUUCGCUAGGUGGAUUCCAGAGGAGAGCGAACGAGUUCAAAAACUACCACUUCAGUAGUAUACCGCGGCAGUUCUCCCCCUUCAAUGAGAACAAGAAUCACCUCGAGGAAGACGACGUGGAGCGUGAAUUCUGGAGGCUGGUCGAUGACUUGUCUGAUUCGACAGAAGUGGAAUAUGGCGCCGACAUCCACACCACUACUCACGGCAGCGGCUUCCCUACCAUCGAGAAGCACCCGAGAGAUCCUUACUCYAUUGACGGGUGGAACCUCAACAUUCUUCCCCUGGAUAAGGAGUCCUUGUUUCGGCACAUCAAAUCAGACGUUUCUGGCAUGACUGUCCCGUGGCUGUACGUCGGUAUGAUCUUCUCCACCUUUUGCUGGCACAACGAGGAUCACUAUACGUAUUCCGCAAACUACCAGCACUUUGGUGAGAMCAAGACUUGGUAUGGCAUUCCUGGUGAAGAUUCGGAGAAGUUCGAGCAGGCUCUGAAAGACGACAUGCCAGAGUUGUUCGAGACGCAGCCAGAUCUUCUUUUCCAGCUUGUAACCCUUGCAAAGCCAGAUAAGCUGCGCAGGGCUGGCGUGCGGGUGUAUGCCAUCGACCAGCAUGCAGGAGAAUUCGUGGUCACGUUCCCAAGAGCAUACCACGCAGGGUUCAAUCAUGGCUUCAACUUCAAUGAAGCAGUCAACUUUGCACCGCACGAUUGGGAGCCAUUUGGCGAGGAAGGCGUGAAGCGACUGAGAGACUACAGGAAACAGCCUUGUUUCUCCCACGACGAGCUGCUGCUAACCGCUGCUUCGCGCGAUAAUAACAUUCGUACCGCGAAGUGGCUUGCGCCAGCCAUGGAACGCAUGCGCGAUGAUGAGCUAGAAGCACGACAGCAAUUUCUCAACCCCGAACUCACCACCCCGUCGGCUCCUCGCUACCAAUUGCCCGCGGAGAUUAUCGAUCCAGAUACCGAAGAAGAAGAGGUGAUCUGUACCUUCUGCAAAAGCUACUGCCACCUUUCGCGAUUCGUUUGUAAAAAGUCGGGCAAGGUCAUGUGUCUACUCCAUGCUGGCGGAUACGAAUGCUGCGACUCGUCAGACGUUGAGCGAUACUCGGGAGCGAACGGCGAGCACGUCCUUUACUAUCGCAUGACGCAAGAGGCUUUGAAUGCAACUGUUCGCAAGGUGGUCGAUAAGGCUAAUAUCCCUGAAGUUUGGGCCGCUAAAGUCGACAAUGAGCUCGAGGAGAACCCUCGACCAUCGCUGAAGCAUUUGCGCACGCUUUUGACUGAGGGUGAGAAGAUUCAGUAUGAGCUUCCCCAACUUCCAGAUCUGCGACGUUUCGUGGAGCGGUGCAACGAGUGGGUCGAGGAGGCCACUUUCUACAUCACUCGCAAGCAGACGGGUCGACGCAAGAGCGAAAAGGCCGGAAGGAAAGCUACGGCCAAAGCUGCUGAGGUUGACAAGGAGCUCCGGAACGUGGCCAACAUUCGGAGGCUACUAGCCUCGGCUGAUAAGCUUUCCUUCGAUUGCCCUGAGAUCACCACCUUGCGAGAUCGUCUGGAGAGUAUCGAGGAGUUCCAAAAGGACGCCAGUGUCGCGCUGGGCGACAUACAUUCCAAGACGACGCAAGAUUUCGAGGAGCUGGCAGAGCGGGGCCGCGACUUCCACGUGGACAUUCCCGAGAUUGAGACACUUGACAGAGUACUCAAGCGGCUGAGAUGGAACGAUCUUGGCAAAGCGAAACGUCCCAAUUCCGAGACUGGACAACAAGAUCAAACACUCGGUGAUAUUGAACAGUUCCUCGCACAGGGCGUUGAGCUCAAUGUCCCGGACACCAACCCUGACAUGGCCUUUUUCAAAGAGCACAAGGCGCAAGGAGAGCUGUGGGAGCAGAAAGCAAAAGAGCUCAUGUCGGUUGAGCAGGUUCACUAUCAACAACUCGACGCGCUGUCCCGCCAGGCGUCAACGUUGCCGGUGACAUCCGAGACCCUCGAGCAGGUCGACGCUAUCCUCAAGAAGCAGCGCGAGGUUCAAGACAAGAUUCAGUCACUCGUCGAGCGAAGCAAGGAUCCCGAGUUCCGCAACAGGCCUCAUUACCAGGAGAUGAAGGCUGUAAUGGACGCACUCGAACAGCUGCAAAGCAAGCCAACCGGAACCAUUGAUCUCGAGAAGGAGUCGAAGCGACACGAGGACUGGAUGCGAAAAGGAAAGAAGCUUUUCGGCAAAGCAAAUGCUCCUCUGCACAUUCUACUCCAGCACAUGAAAAUCGUGGACAGGAGGAACGAAUCGUGCUUUGAUCUCAGUGACAAGCCCCGCGGACCGGUGGAGCCUUCUUCUCGUGCUGCGACACCGGAGGAUGGMAAUGAUCAUGUUUUGCGGACAGAAGGAAGCACCUCUAGCAGAGAUGUGUUCUGCAUUUGUCGCAAACCCGAGGCUGGUAUGAUGAUCGAAUGCGAGUUAUGCCACGAGUGGUACCACGGAAAGUGUCUGAAGAUCGCUCGCGGCAAAGUCAAGGAGGAUGACAAGUACACUUGCCCGAUUUGCGAUUGGCGUGUCAAGAUUCCUCGAGACGCAGCUCGUCCGAGAUUGGAAGAUCUGCAAGCUUGGCAAGAUGACCUUGAAACGCUUCCCUUCCAGCCUGAUGAGGAGCAAACGCUUAACAACAUCUGUGAGCAAGGCCAGGCAUUCCGAGAGUAUAUCAAGCCUUACGUGGAGCCUGCGAUGCCAGCAACCGCCGAUGAGGUCGGUAUGAUGAGAUUCUACCUGAGGAAAAUCGAAGGCGCCGAUAUCCUCUUGACGGAGGAGACGAAUUAUCUGCGACGUGAGCUACACGCAUUCGCGCCAGUCGCACCGAUUCCGCCACCUGUGAUUGAGGCCUCUGGGUCAACCCGCAAGCCGCGUCCUACCAAACAGCAGAAGCUCAUGGCACACUUGGGCAUCACCAAUCCAGAUCAUCUCCCCAAGGAAUAUAAGAUGAAGCCGCAUUCUGUGAAGCGUAAGCAGUCUGGUGUCGGGGCCGGUGCACCGCACCACCUUGCAGGUGAAGGCUCCAGUGCUUCGCCAACUGGUUCGAUGACACCAGGUCCACGCGGGUCAGGGCUGCCAUAUCCAACAACCGAUCAGCCACACCAGCCACGUAAACAUCUGACGCCGCUAGCACUACAAGUUCUCGGCACCUCAGCUGGUGUUGAUAUCGUUGACGAGUUCUUGGCAUCCGAACCACACGCCAACCGAGAUCGAUUGAUGAAGGUCAAAGCUGUGGUGGAAAUGAACGAUCCCGACGCCAUGGUCGAUCUGGAGACUUUCAAGUCGCGGGUCAACGCCGUUCCCACACCUGCUUCACACAACUACGUACCCGCUGCGCUUGCGACAAAUGGCUCUUCAUCCACAUUCUCCUCCGCUCCAAACAAUGAGUACGUCCGCGCGCCUAGUCAACCAGCACGUUUGGGUUCUCCGGCAAAUUUUGCCUAUCCUCCACCUCCUGGCGGUCAUUCCCCCCCACCCGCCCAAUUCGGCGCUCAAAUGUUCCAUACAGGUGCAGGCAAUAUAUUCGACACUCCACCUCAAACGCGUUCAGAAGACAGAUCUGGUCACAUGGACGGUGCCACAUCUUCCGAUUUUGGCGGUAGAGCUAGCGGUGGCAGUAAUAUUCCCAGCGGCAUGCCGGCGGGUAUGUUUGACUCUCCUAAGCAGCCAGUCACAGACCCGGCGAUUUCCCAAGGCUUCGCUGGCAGUGCUGGGAUCAACAGCCCUGGCUACGGUGGCAGCCAGCAUAACAUGGACAAUGUGUUUGCGGACUUGGUGCACGAUCAAGACGAUGGGAUGGGCGGAAACGAUGGCGCGAGCGAUGUCCAUCAACCAUCCCAGGAGGCGAAAUAUAACCCUCCACCAACUUGGGAGGAGAUCUCCGCUCCAGCCAACACGGAUGAUAACCAAGUGGGCGAAGGCGACUCGUUGCAGGCACAAUCAUCUUCAGCGGCACAGGGCUAG